AGGGCCACAUUUUAAGACCACUGAUCUAUAUAACUAUGGGAUUGCACUGAGCAGCCACCAAUCAGAUCCAUUGUGCUAACCUGUACUGUGGAAAGUGAAAGCUGUUCUCUGAUUGGUUGCUAUGGGCAACACUAUUUUCAUGAAGAAGGCCUAGUGUCCCUUAUCAGCCUGAGGUCUGAGUGCAGUUCACACAAUAUAGGACCCUGUAUAUAGCCUGUAUUAUCUAUGCUCAAGGGAAGGAUACAGCUAUGGCAGCAAAGACUUCAUUGAAUAGAACAAUGUAUGAAGAUACAAACUCAAAGAGCCCCUGUUCUGUUAAUCUUGACAAACUUCUUGAGGAUUUUUCACAGAUAGAGAAGACAUUUGCAGAGGUUAAUGGAAAUAAUAACCUGCUUGAAAUCCAGCUGGAGAAACGGAGCCGAAUGUGGAAAAUUAGUCAGACAAAACAACUGAGCCUGGCAGAAGAGUGCACCGCUUUACAAGAGGUCAUCAAAGGUCUGCAGGAAACCAUUGAAUUACAAUUCAGCAUGAGAGAUGAAAAUUCCAACCUUAAGAAGAAAGUAAAUACCUUGGAGGAAAAGUUACAAGAUGUUACACAGGAGUAUAAGAAAAAUAUAGACUCACUCAUGAAUGAAAUGAGAAAAAAGGAGGAAAAUUCCAUGGCUCAAGUGCAAAAGAUCCAGCGUGAAAUGGAGGAGAAAUUACUGACUAAAGAAGAAGAGAAACAUAAUCUUCUGUCAACAAAGGACAAGGAAAUAUCAGAUCUAUGGAUACAGCUACGAACUCAAGAGAAAGAAAAGCAGAAAGAGAUGAUCAAACAGCAAAUAGAGUUUAAUGCCAAACUGGCACGAAUCCAGAGCAAGAAUUCUAAAUCCUACCCAGAUACCAAUAGUUUAUCUCACAACAUCUAUAGAACGAAGUUACAGCAUUUGCAAGAAGAAAAGAACAAGGAGAUUGAAAUUCUCCGCAACACAAUUAAAGAUUUAGAAAGAAGGCUCAGCAGCGGAUCAGACUCCCGCCUGAAAAGGAAACGCUUCUGAAGAAUGUCAAGCAGAUGGAUAUUAUUGCCUUGGUGUCAAAACACAUUUACAGGAUUUUCAAUUUGUUCCACAGCUUAAAUGGUUUAAAGAGGAUUUACUUCCAAAUGUUAACAAUCAAAACUUAGUGAUAACCAAUGUUAAGGAAAUGUUUAUUUGUUUUUGUUCUCAUAGAGAAAUUAGAAAUGCAUUUAUGGCUUAAUGCCAGGGGGAUGCCUUCUCCUCAAGACAGCCAGAACUUCAAAGCAAAGAGUUUGUGUAAGCAGGUGUAUGAAAAUAAAAAUUUACUUUAUGUACACAAAAUUAGAGGACCGAUUAUGAUAAAGUCUCUAAUAAUAUAAAAAAUUAAGUCAUUCAAGCUCUUCCCUAAGGCUAUGUUCACAUGCCAGAAUUUCUGCAUUGAACGCUGCAUGGAAUUCCACAUAAAAAUUCUGCAUAAAUUUAUAGCAAAUACAUUUCAAUGAGAUUCCGCAGUCCCAUUUACACAGCAUCAUUUCUGCUGCAGGAAUUUCAUUAAAGUGAAUGUGCAAUUCAUUACUGCAGAAUUUUCAUGCAGAAUUCCGUGCAGAAAUUCUGCUGUGUGAACAUAGCCUUACAUGUUCUGAAAACAAACAUUAUUUUUGGGAUUACACUCAUGGCAUAGUGAAUGUACGGUUCCUUAUCACAGGGCUGUAUAGGCUACAAGUGCUGCCAUAAAGGCGUCAUAUGUAAGGAGAUAUAUACUUUUCCCAGAAAAAGUAUGUUUUAUGCCUGUCUCAUUAACAGUUCUCAGUAUACAAAAAAAAAUAUAUAAAAUAAAAAUAAGCUCUACAGAGAGACUAGUUAGUUGGUUAGCUGAUUGGAAAAAAAAGUACCUGAUAACUUCCAUAUUUUAUCAAUAUCUGUUUUAUUGUAUCUUUUCUGUUACUUCUGUAUUUGUACUAUACGUAUAAACACAAAACGAGGACACCAAAACACAUUUAAUAUUUAAUUUUUUUAUUUUUUUUGAGAAAUCCAACAUAUUCUUGAAACAUACAACAGUCCUGCUUCAUAGUAAUGCUAUAAACAUUUGGUCAGGUUUACUAGGAGUUCAUUUCCCUAUAAACCCUCAUUGAUUUAUAACAUUUGCUAUCAAAGCCAAUUACAUAACAAAUACUUCUAAAAUCUCAAAACAUAAGCUUUAGUCUAUGAGAUAGUAUGACACUCACAUAAACAACAAUAGUAUACUACUGCUAUUGCACAAGUUCAUAGAUCGAGAAUAGAAAGUGUAGCUUUAUGGGUAAUGUUUAGCGAGUUACAAAGCUGAAAAUAAAAACAAGAGUGUUCUCUGGAGUCUAAAGUUUGUUGUUGAAAAAAAAAAAUAGAACUCAAAAAGUUCGACUUCUUCCCUAGCUCUACAUC